AUGGCUUUAUUUUUGGAAGCAUCGCUGCAUAAAAAAGAUUUGUAUCUUGAUUUGAUUAUGAGCAAUAAUGGUUGCAACAUUUUAUUGCAGUUGAUGAAAUAUUUCCGAGAACAUGAAUCCACAGUGAUGAAACAGAUUGAGUCUGUUCACAUAAGAAUUCUGGCUUCUUAUGUUCAUCAAAUUAAAGUUGUUUUAGGCAUGUUUACUGAAAUGAAUAGAUUUUUUCAAAAAAUUAGAACUUUGGGAUUAUUCAUAGGCAUCCAUCAAUAUGAAAAUGGAUAUGUGUUGGGUGCUCCCCAGGAGGAAAGAAUUAGAUUACCUGCAAAACUAGAAAAAAUAUACUUUUCCAAUGGGUUAAAGUUGAAUGAUUUUUCUCAUUUACCUAUUUCAGUUAAACACAUUGGUUUGCAUAAUGUUCACAUGGUGACUUUUAGUAAGUUUAAUCUAAGUAAACACUUAGAAAGUCUUCAUAUAAGUGGUGAGCAAAUAGAAUUGAAUGCCCAUCUGGAUAGCUUCCCUCCGGGUUUUUACUGUCUCAAGGAUGUGAAGUUUGAUGCGUCUGUGGUUGUUAAUUUUAAUUUUGAGAAAUUUGUGCAUUUGAGUUCGUUAAGUUUACUGAAGGUUGGUUUUGAACAGUCUAGACAAUUGGAAUUCCCUCUACAGUUGAGAAAAUUGGAAUUUAUCGAUUGCUCACUUUCAUCGCAUGUUCCAGCAUUUCCUGACACUUUGAAAGCAUUGAUUAUAACCGGAGGUAAAUGGAGCCGUAAGAAGAAUGCCAACAUGUCACGUUUACAGCGGUUAAAACUAAGUAACGUUCAGGUGAAGGAUUUGACUGAAAAGGUAAAUGCAUGUCGGGGAUUAUUAACACUUGAGAUUAGCAAUUGCCCAUUCAAUGAUGUUGAUGCAUUAAGAAUUCCUUCAAAAUUAACAGUAUUGAAAUUUGUGAAUGUCAAUCUUAGUGGGUUCAAGUUUUCUGGGUUCCCUGCUACAUUAGAGCAAGUUGAUUUAGAAAAUAAUGAUAUUUGUGUUCUUGUUCCCAAGAGCAAAUUGAAAUCAUUAAGAAUUGCAUCGAAUAAGUUGGCAGGCAGAGUAGACAUGACUAGUCUUCCAGUACGGGAUGUGAAUUUAGAAGGAAAUAAAGAGUUGGAAUCGUUGUAUCUACAUGAUAAGACAACAGUUUUGAUAGCAAAUAAUACCGCUAUCCAUCAUCUCACUGGAUCUGGAUUAACCAAACUAGUAUUAAAUGGAUGCAGCAGUAUUGAUUGGAAGCUGUUCCAGAUUCCGCAAUUUGUAACCCAAUUGAGUCUUCGUAAGUGUGAUAUUGUUAGUUUUGAAUCACAAGAGGAUAUAAAUCAUGUUAAAAUGUUGGAUCUUGGUGAUAAUAAACUAAGAAGUAUCCAUUUGGGUAAAUAUGAACAUUUAGAAGAUGUUGAAUUGUCGUGUAAUGAUUUGACUACGAUCGUAACAGAAAACUUCCCACUAGGGAUUAAGUCAAUUAAUGCUAAAAAGAAUCGGAUAGCCGAAGUAAGAAUAUCAGAACUUGUACAAUUGGAUUGGUUACAAUUAUCUGAAAAUAAAUUGACAAGUAUGCAAAGAAUUCAACUACCAAGUAAUCUUAGUACCCUUAUUUUGAGUAAUAAUAAUUUUGGAGAAAUCAAUGAUUCAAUAAUUAAAUUGCCUGAGAGAUUACGUCAUUUGGAAUUAAAGAAGUGUAAGAUUGCCAAAUUGGAUCUAACCUUGGGUCCAGAAUUGAUGUCAUGCUGUUUAAAUGGAAAUAAAUUAUAUAUGAAGAAUUUCCAAAUUCGAUUUGUUAAAGUACCUUGCAAUCUUAAAUUUCUAGAUUUGGGUAGUAAUUUUUUCAAACUGUUUGAUUUUGGAAUGGUUAAUGGGAUUGAAUUAGCAGAGAUUAAUUUGGCUAAUAAUAUGUUUGACGAAAUUCCAGAUCUGAUUCCUGAUAAUAUUUUAUCAGCAAUUAUAUUCAAAGUUCAUUAG